GCUCAUUCCGAAAAUACCCCUACGUUCAGAAUUAAGCAACACAGCGCAUACACAACACAUAUAUAUACAGUUAAAUCAAAUUAGGGUUUCUCUCACUCUUCUCUUCUUCCUCUCUCUGUGUGUGAACCCUAAACUCCUGCCGCCAUGGCUUCAGAGAAGAAAUUGAGCAAUCCAAUGAGGGAUAUCAAAGUCCAGAAGCUCGUACUCAAUAUCUCCGUUGGUGAAAGUGGAGAUCGUCUCACCAGAGCUGCAAAGGUAUUGGAGCAACUCAGUGGCCAAAGUCCUGUUUUCUCCAAAGCUAGGUAUACUGUCCGUUCCUUUGGAAUCAGACGUAAUGAAAAGAUCGCCUGUUACGUCACUGUCAGAGGGGAAAAAGCUAUGCAGCUCCUUGAGAGUGGAUUGAAGGUCAAGGAGUAUGAGUUGUUGAGAAGGAACUUCAGUGAAACUGGAUGCUUUGGAUUUGGUAUUCAGGAGCACAUUGAUCUUGGAAUCAAGUAUGAUCCUUCAACUGGUAUCUAUGGUAUGGAUUUCUAUGUUGUCCUGGAACGCCCAGGAUACCGCGUUGCUAGACGUCGUAGGUGCAAGUCUCGGGUUGGGAUCCAACACAGGGUCACAAAGGAGGACUCAAUGAAGUGGUUUCAGGUCAAAUAUGAAGGUGUUAUCCUUAACAAGUCCUCAAACAUCCAGUAAGUCGAGAGCCGACUGCUGGAUCAGUUUAUCUGACAGCAAGUUUUUUGUUUAUGCAUUUUGUAGACCGAAGUCUAGUUACUUCUAGAAUUGAAUAGUUUUCAAGAGUUGCUGUUAUUUGGCACAGUAUGCUUGUUUUCAUUUUUGGUUUAUGAGACCAAUUCAAUCUUUAAUAUAAUCCUUUUUGUGUUAGUUUGUUGUGCAAUUCUAUAAGAAGCAGAAAACAUCAGUUUUUCUCAAGUCUGAACUAAUCAAACUAAUAAAAAUAUUAUAGUUGUA